CAGAUCGUCCUGACCUUUGAGUACCUGCACGCUUUGGACCUGAUCUACAGAGACCUGAAACCUGAAAACCUGCUCAUAGACCAACAGGGAUACAUACAGGUGACAGAUUUUGGCUUUGCCAAACGUGUAAAGGGCCGGACCUGGACACUGUGUGGCACCCCAGAAUAUCUAGCCCCAGAGAUUAUUCUCAGCAAGGGUUAUAACAAGGCAGUGGACUGGUGGGCGCUGGGCGUACUCGUCUACGAGAUGGCAGCAGGGUACCCGCCUUUCUUUGCAGACCAGCCCAUUCAGAUCUAUGAAAAGAUCGUAUCAGGGAAGGUGCGUUUCCCAUCUCACUUCAGUUCCGACCUGAAGGACCUGCUGAGGAACCUGUUACAGGUGGAUCUCACAAAACGUUAUGGGAACCUCAAGAACGGGGUCAACGACAUCAAGGGACACAAGUGGUUUGCGACCACUGACUGGAUUGCCAUCUACCAGAAAAAGGUGGAAGCUCCCUUCGUCCCCAAGUUCAAAGGACCAGGCGACACCAGCAACUUUGACGACUACGAGGAGGAGGAGAUCCGCGUCUCCUUCAACGAGAAAUGUGCCAAGGAAUUUACAGAGUUCUAGAGUUAGAGACCAAGAAGGGUGGAAAAAAGAAGGAUGUAGGGAGAGUCCGGGGUAGGCUGGUCGAGUGGGAGACGUUAGGAGAGAGUACUGUCUCCUGUCCAAUCACAAGCACCAGCUUCAAAUAGAGAAAAAAUGGGAUAGAGAAGGGGGGAAAAAAGAGCAAGGGGACUGAUAACCAGCAGUGUUGCCUUUUCUGUUGCGUUUCUGUUGUAUUUAAUUUAUUGUUCUGUCUUAUUUAUGGAUACCUUUAUGGGGAAGGUGUGCUUCAAAUUCAUGGUUGCUGGGAACCGCCACUUAUUUAGAGUUGCCUCGACACAUUUAGACCCGAGAUCUUUGCUGCUCUUCUGUUGUUUCAUUUAUCAUUUAGUCACAUUGAGGCCACAUCACAGAGACAUCCGACAGUCUGCUGGAAGCCGUACAAGUCCAAGUCUCAAGCUAUUCAGGCUAACUUGCCUUUUCCAAGCUAACAAGAGGAGCCGUGAAGUAAACAUUUAAAACAAUCACACAAACCCCCACUUAACUUUUAUGUUUUACAGCUGUGACUUUUCCUCGUGUUCAAACUUAACUGUUUCAUAUCACACAUACCACAUGUUUAGACACUGGCAUGAUUGGCCAAAAAACUUUAAGAAAAUGGAGCAACAAGUGAGUUAAGAUUACGACAUAACUGCAUCUGUCUUUCAUAUCAUUAUUAGCACAGCCAGGCUUUGUGCACAUCUGCAGCACUCCGUUUCUACACAUUGCUAGAAACGUGUGGUUCAAUCAUCACGUCUCAUUAACUAACGAGGAAAUGUUGAUGGAGAUAUUUCAGUUUGAUUGUGUUGUGAAGGAACAUCGUUACAUUAUGGUAUCUCAGGUUUGAACGUGUCACUUAAUAGACAUUUUAAUCGACAUGAAGCUUAAAGAUUAGCGGGUGAAGACUUGCUUUGAUAAAGGUUUGGCAAGUGGAAGUUCUGGUAACUUAAGAAUAAAUCACAAGAGAAUUUAAAAUCUUCAGUUUCCCCUUCAAGGAGAUUCGUGUCAGACACUUUUUAGUUGGGCCCGACCGAUAUGAUUUUUUUCUGGCCGAUACGAUUUUUUUCUGGCCGAUACCGAUAUUAGGGAGAGAGAGAAAAUCUGAUACCGAUAUUUCAGCUAAUAUCUUCCUUAGAUCUAUCUUCGAUCUUUAGAGAUUGAUUUAUAUGGAUACAAACACAGCUAUUGUGUUGAUUCCUCAGAAGCUGUUUUGUGAAAAAAAUUAAUAUUAAAGACAAGAUUUUUUUUACACUUGAACAAAAGCCUUUAUUGGCCAGGAAACAACAGUGAACUGAACAAUUACCGUAAAAUCCGGUGUAUAAGACGCACUUUUAAUAACUAUUUUUUCAUCUUGUAAGUUGGCUGCUAACACUGAGCUGAUGGCACGCUGUGCUGGGAAAGACAGCGACAGAUUUCAGGCUGCACGUUUUCUUCCUCACGAGGUCAGAAUCAUCCAUUUACAGAAAAUAAUUGUAUACUGUUAAGUAAAUAAACCUUGUCGAGUGCACUUUUGAUUAAAGGAGACCUAUAUUUAAGUUAAAGAGUGACCAGUGGAGUUGGGCAGGGAGCUCGCAAGCUGGGAGUCUGUGCUUCACAACUUUCACUGAGAGCUCAACUACCGUAGUGUAGCUAGUAGGAGUGCAAAUGCCACAAAGUGAAAACAGACAGAACUAAAAGAGCGACACAGCUGAACAGAAACUGCACGUUGUAGACACAAUAGAAAUCAUCAUGCAGGAAGAAGGUUUAAAUUGUUUUUCUCUCUGCGAUACCUUCAUUAACAAAGUGUGUCUAAUACACCGGUGCGACUUAUAUUCCGGCCUUUACGGUAUUAAUUAAAACUAAAUAAAAAUAAAUAGUAAACUUAAAUUGAAUAAACCUACUUGUAUCGGCACAUAUCACAGAUCAAAUUAGCCGAUACCGAUAGUUACGUGAUAUGCUAAUGUCAGCUGAUAUUAUCGGCAGGGCGAUUCAUCGGUCGGGCUCCACUGUAAAACUUUGUAAAAUUACAGUAAAUUACUGGCAGCAGUUUCACCAAUAAUUUAUUGUAUAAUUAACAGAAUCUGUUAUGACUGUACUCUGCUGUAAUAAUUCAUAGAUUACAGUAUUUCACAGGCGGUCUCACAGUUAUAUACUGUAAAUGUACAGUGUAGCUCCUGUAUCAAAGAAAUACAGUAAUUUAUUGUAAUCCAAUGUACAGUUAUAUGUUGUAAAAAAUAAUAGUUACAGUAUUGUACUGGUUGCAGUUUUGCCAGUGCACUAUACUGUAUAAUUUACAGUAUAUCUGAUGAAUACAAUUGAAAGUUGAUUUGGCAUAACUCAACCAUAAAUCAAAAUUUGGCCCCCGAGAGCUCCAACUCAAAGACAGACCACCUCAAACUGCCUCAGGCUGUUGUUCACCAGAGCGCUUAAACCAUCCAUCAAAGACAGUCUACGUAGUUUGCUUUUUAUGCUCUUUUUGUGUGUUUUUACCCAGCCCUCAGCCCCCUCCUCUUAUCGCUUGCUAAGUCAGGAACACACUCCACGUGAAGGCAACUCUCUUUGAGUCUCAUGUGUGUACACGCACAGUUUUUUGUUUCAUUCAUAUUUUUUUCUCGUGUGGUGAUGAUGUAAAGAUAAAUGGCAUUCCACUAAACAAGGAAGGAAGGAGAACGCAUCCUGACACCUGUUAUUGUUUCGUACAUUUAAAAGCCUUCUUCAUAGCUGUAUCAGUGUGCCACCAUUAUGAAGAUAUUCUUAUAUGGAUCUUUUCAGGCACUCUUUUCUCUGGAUGCUUAAAAAUUCAGAUGUUUUUGAUUUACUGUUUCUUUGAGACCUUCCUGUUCAAAACAGUUCAGGUAUGGAAACAUAUAACAACCUUUUUGUCAGAACUACACACAACUUUUUCAAAAUAUAAUUUGUCAUAUCAAAUUAUAUUUAAAUGGACAAGCCAGUUUUCAAGAUCAGAUCUAUGACCUGCUCCAGAUCAUUUAUUAGUUUGUGCUUCUAAGUGUCCAUGGACGGAUUAACCAGCUUCUGGGCCCCGGGCUCCUAUUAACCCACCAUUCCUCCCAAUCUCUGCACAUCAUCACUAUCACUAUGCUGAGAUAUUCCAUGGCCCCAGGUUUGCUGUGAGGUAAUUUGAUUUCGACACAAAUUAAUUUAGGAAUGUGCUAAAUGUAAGCACAGUAUCGGCUGAAUUAAUGAAGGUCUUAAAGGGCCAUGCCAGUGAUUCAAUGUGCGCUUUCAUUAAACAUUCAGGACACUCAAGCACAGACAGAGAUCCUGACUAUGUGGUCAUAUCGUUUACGCCUUGACAUCAACUCAGGAGAGUUUUAUGUUAACUGUGUUUGCUGUUUUGAGGGGUUUAAAAAAAGCUAAAAUGACAUGCCAAGUCAGAUAUAUCAGAGAAACACGUCUGUCUUAAUGUGGGUAGGGACUGCAGCGGAUGAAAAUGUACCCUCUCAAGGCGAUGUUGGGCUUAUUUCAAGUUCUGUUCCUGUUGAUAAUCAGAUCGUGCCCUCCCUUUCAUGUCUGGACAGAGUAUAUUGAUAUAUUUGCUCACAAGGACAUCAAUUUACCUCAAACCUGGGGCUUUUGAGGGAUCGUCUCAAGAAGCUCUUGUUAAUUAUGGUCAUCCAAGAGUCCGUGCCCACCCCUCCACAUAUCACCUUUUAUUUUCAUCAACAUUCCGAGUUGUUAGUCCACUUCCUCCUUACUAAAAGGUGAAUCCACUGACACAUUUUAUGGAUCAAGUCAAAUCCUGUCAGUACAUGAAUGGUGACAAGAGCUUCAAUGGGCUGGGUUUUUUGUUCUUAUGGACUCAUUUUAUUAUUGUCAUUAUAAUUAUGAUUACGACAUUGAUGUAAACCACUUGUUGAGACAUCACAUUCGCUGUAUUUCCUCCAUGUCAAGUUUAAUGUUGGCUAUAUCAUCUUGGAAAAAAAAUGUUUGAAGUUAUGAUACAAUAUUAUUCUGUGUCUCCUCGGUGUUUUUUGCAGUUAUACAACUUCCUCUUGAUGCAGGCACAAUGCUGGUACAUGCUGUCGCACUUUUUAGGGAAAUGAGACCCCAAUGUAAACCAUGUUAACCCCCCUCCACACACAAACACACACACACACACACACACACACACACACACAAACACACACGCAGUCAGUCAGUCACACACUGCAAAAGGAAGCGUCUAGGUCACGAGGGAAGUGACAGAAAACACGAAGUGUAAUAUUUUGCAACAUGAGUAUCAUUCCAAUAAAGUUUUACUUGUUAAAUUCUACUGAA